AUGCAUUCGGACUAACAAGGGAAAGUGAUGCUCAGAGAGGAGGACAGAGGACUCGGAAAAGAUGCAUUAAAGGGCGAUGAAGUUCUGUGAAGCGCUUUCUCGUCGCAGCGUUAUGUACGCACGUACGACUCAUUUACUGUAGUGUUUUAUUGCUACGUAGAACGGGGUGGAUUUUAUUGCAAAGGGGGGGAAAAAACGAUAUCGGAUGGUCGCUGAAAGGAAGAGAGAAAGGGGGUGAACGAUUUGAAUGAUGACUUAUAGGCUACAGCGGACCGUCACUUAUUUCUGAAUUACAUCUCGAAUAGCGUGGAACUUCGCAGUCCUGAGGAAAUAACCAAAAAAAAAGCGUUUAUUCGGUAAAGGAGAGAUGGAUGGAGAGACAGGCAAAGGAAGGCUUCUCUGACGAAAAGAACAACCUCCCUUUGGAAUAAACAAAAAAUGAUGAAUGAGCUUUUCCUGACUGGUCCGGCAAAACAGAAGGGACUCCACUUCAAUUAGCGAGGACGUCCGAGGACGCUUCUUUCUUAAAGCCAGAACCGAACAAUGACAGCGAACAAUGGCGCAUAAUUAUGAAUAACUCCGUUUUGUGGCUUUUCAUUCUGAGUGAGGAAGAGAAGUCAGAUAUUUUGCAAGCUUGCAGGCUGUGAAAGAGGCUUUGAAAUGCUGGCUUGCUGCCGAAGUGGUUAGCUGGAAUUCACAAGGAGCGUGGGUGCGAUAUCUUACAGUUUUUCCAUUCCGAGGGCAAUUUUACUGACCAAAAAGUUAUUGUUUAUUAAAAUGUUUCAAAGCACUUCCCGACACGUCUUUUUACUGAUGGAACCUCCCAACGAAUCCCAACUUUCCUGAACGUGAAUGCGCUGUCAGUCCUCUGGAAUAAAACCGCUCGGGAUGUACAGCGUUGCGUCUCUCUGAUCCUCAAACACCAACCCAAUGAGAAGAAGCAUAAUCACAGUCUGGCAAUCAACAGUCAAACAGCAGGAAAGAGAUCUAGUGAGUCAAUGUGGAGUCCAUUAGCUUUCGCUGCCAGAUCUCCAUCAGAGCUGAAACAGCACCUUCUCGGCUGUGGUGUCAGAAGGUGAAAGAAAACACACCAAGUCCAAAUGGACUUCUGAAUCAUCUUCUCUAAAGAGUCAUUAAAUUGGUCAAUUGUGCUAUAAACGGCAAGUGGAGGAUAGGAGAGCCUGCUGGUUGCAUGAUGGCUCCUGAAGGUAUAGGAGAGCUUCGAGAUUUGCUCUUCUUCCUGCUCCUGUGCCUCACAUUAUUGGCUGAACUCUUGGAAAUGACUGCAGCUUCUUCACAGGGACUGGAUGGCGAAGGUGACAUAGUGUGCCCAUCUGUGUGUCGCUGUGAUGAGGACUUUAUUUACUGCAACGACCGUGGAUUGAGUGCAAUCCCACCUCUACCACCAUCUGCAACUGUACUUUAUCUUCAAAACAAUCACAUUGACAAUGCAGGGCUUCCUAGGUCCUUGGAACAUCACAUGACUGUGCGUGUUAUAUAUCUCUAUGAUAAUGAGCUUGAUGACUUUCCCAUGCAUUUGCCACCUUCAUUAAGAGAGCUUCACCUCCAGGACAACAAUAUUAGAGUGUUGCCAAGGACUGCACUUGCUAGACUUCCACUACUUGAAAAGUUGCAUCUGGACGACAACUCUGUUUCCACAGUGAGUAUUGAGGACCAGGCCUUUGCGGACAACCCUCGAUUACGUCUCCUCUUCCUUUCCAGAAACCACCUUUCCAGCAUCCCAUCUGGUCUUCCUGCCUCACUUGAAGAGCUCCGUUUAGACGACAACCGAAUCUCUACUAUUCCCACUCAUGCCUUCCGAGGUUUGUCCUCUUUACGUCGCCUGGUCUUGGAUGGAAAUCUGUUAGCUAAUCAGCGCAUAGCUGAUGAUACCUUCUCACGCUUGUCAAACUUAACAGAACUCUCCCUGGUCCGUAAUUCACUUCAAACACCGCCACUUAACUUGCCCAGUGCCCACCUACAAAGACUCUCUCUUCAGGACAAUAACCUUAUACACAUGCCUCGGGGCUCACUUGAUGGAAUGCGCAGACUGCAACGGCUAGAUCUCUCUGGAAACAAUCUGACUACCCUUCCCAGAGGAUUGUUCAGGGACUUGGAAAGCCUGGGGCAGCUGCUUGUGCGGGGAAACCCAUGGCAUUGUGGCUGCAACUUGCGUUGGCUUCACGACUGGCUGGAAGCAAAGGGGAAUACAAUUACAGUGAGAGGCUUUAUCUGCCAGACACCAGAACGACUCCGAGACAUGGCGCUCAGAGACCUCACAAAUCAGAUGGAUGAAUGUGAGUUGGCUGCGGCUGGUGGUGGCGGAGUAGGUGCAGGGAUUGCCGUUGGUGGUAACAGAGUGAGUGGAGGAGCAGCUGGAGUCCUUUCUACCACUCUUUCUCCCCCUCAGGGUUCCCUUUUUACACUCAGGUCCAAGCGACCAGGCCUCGGUCUCCCAGAAACAGGAUUGGACUACACAUUAAGCAGCAGCGGUGUGGGCAAAAACCUGGCCCUGAAUGUGAAACCCCUAUCACAUGACAGCAUCCGUGUUACUUGGAGCGUAGCGCAAACAUCUUCUUCUUUUCGAUUAAGCUGGCUUCGUCUAGGAACCAGCUCCGCGAUGGGGUCCAUCACAGAAACCUUGGUUAGAGGCGACCGGCGGGAGUAUCUUCUCACUUCCCUGCAGCCUGCUUCCAGCUACAUCAUCUGCAUGGUGCCUCUAGUAUCUAACGGCGGAAGCAGGAGUAGUUUGCCUGGGGGGGACACAGAAUCAAAUGAGGUUCCAGUUUGUGCCAGAACAGAAACGUCUGAUCCUAGCCACACUGAUGAUGAUGGUAAAGAUGAGAGCUCUGAUCAGUUGACUUCUCUUCCUCUUGCAGGAAUUAUUGGGGGUGCUACGGCAAUAGUUUCCCUUGCUCUUAUCAUUGCCAUUUUCUGCUGGUAUGGACACCGUGCAGGACAUUUCACAUCACGAGACCAUUACAGCCAUAGUAGCUCUCGCAAGAGCAAACACUAUGAUGACUACAUUGAGUCAGGCACAAAGAAAGACAACACUAUCCUAGAGAUCAGAGGUCCAGGAUUUCAGAUGACACCAAUGGCAACAAGGCAGCCCCUUCAGCCGAAACCAGUGAGAGAGGAUUACAUUAUACACACCAUCUUCCCCUCGAAUGGCACAGGUCUAUACAAGCCCUCCCAAAACAUGACCAACUCUGGCUAUGGUACCAAUCGUGGCUAUAGAGAAGGAGGCAUUCCAGAUAUAGAUUACUCCUACACAUGAUAGCUUUGAUUUAGAAACCAUAAUUAGGAGUCAUGUACUGCAUAGAUACACAGUUUUUAAUCAACAUGGGCUCUGCAGAAUCCCUUUGUGCCUUCUGGUCUCCAUUACAAUGUAGCCUGCUGUUCAUGAGACUAUAAAACUUUUAAUUGGCCCAGAUGCUUAUAGGAAGCAUUAUAAAUGUGGUGCCAGGAGGAGAUGAUGCCAUUUCAGGUGGUGAUACCAAAUGCUAUUUUCACCUCCCGGUGUAAUGAUCAGUGUCCCUGACAUUGCUGUUUUAUCUCUGGCUGGUGCACUGAGGUGGAUUCAAGGGCAGCCCACACCGCAUUCAGCUCACAGACUGUUCAUAGAGCUCAGUGCAUAUAUGGGAGAGAGGAAGUCUUCUCAUCUGAAAUAACCAACCUGCUGUACAUUUUAAUAUUUGUCUCCUAUGGGAUGAAUCUCCCUGAAUCAAGGAUUUGAACCAGGAUUGACAGGAAUCCUGCACUGACAAUGCAACCUCUUUGCUCAAAGGAAACUGGAAAUGUGUUGUUUAAGUGAUCCUUCUGGAAAAUGCAUGGGUUCACAUGCAGAGUUGUUGUUUUUUGGAGAACAAGCUGCAGAACAUGACUACUAUUCCUAACUAAAACAGAGUGUCUGGACCAAGCAGAGACAUGGCCCUCAAAAACUACAGCAAGGUUUGAAAUGCCUCAAAAACUUAAUUCAUUUGAAUUCUUAUACACUUGAAAGCUGCCUGAUUCUACUACGAUAACGUCUAACAAGCGUUUUGAUGACUGUUCUAGUUUCAGACUGAUGUAAAGUUGAGAGGAUGAAUGAAAUGGCUUCAUGUGUCUUGAGGAACUUUCGAUUUUUAAAAAUUGCAACUGAACCCUGGUGUGUUGAUAGAUACAAACAAAGAAAGUUAGAUAUUGGACAUUGUCAUAACUAUGUUCCCUAGCUGUUUGAUUUCCCCCAUUUGUUUCACUAUAUUUUUUAACUCAUAAAGCUCUGCUAAUAGUUAUAAUGUUUCUCAAUUUAAUUGUUUUUUUGUCACUUUUCCUACAAAAUGCUUAUUUUCAGUAGAUUGUCCCCUAUAAUGCACAGAGACUAAAACAACGUUCUGUUAAGGUGGCUCAUGGUUUCUAGGUUGCUCAGCCACAUUUUUAGCACAAAAUUACAUUCUAUAAAUCACUUAUAGAUAAAUCACCUUCGGAUUUCACUGUAGAUAAAGAAAUGGCCUCGCUGCUAACCACAGCGGUUGUACUGCUAUGAUUCUUAGGGAGAAGAGAGAGAGUGUUAGAGGGGAAACCAGGAAUUUGAACCAUAACACUGUGGACCAUCACUGUGGAAGAUAGAGAGUGCAUCAGAAUGUUGUAUAAUUUUGUAAGGCGGAAACAUUUUUGAUUUGAAGCCACUUUUUUCUCAGCAUUUUGUCAAUGUCUUCAACCUAUUCAUUUAAACCAACAGCAGAACAGAAUGCUAAUUAAGGAUUUAUCAGAGAAUUUACACAGGUAGUCAGAAAGAAAAGUUGCGUUCCUUUUUACAAAAGAGAUCCCCUGAGACUUCAUACCGUUUCUGUUCUGCUCUGCUGUAUUUAUGUAUUUGAGGACUUGUGGAGAAUUUAAGAGAGCUUACACUGCCUUGUAUUUUAUGUACUAUUUGGCAUUGUAGUGUAAGUGUCAAAAUCAGGAAAACGCAAAGAUGGAUAGAGAGAGAGAGAGAGAGAGAGAGAGAGAGAGAGAGAGAGAGAUGGAAGUAGAAUGUUCUAAACUGAGAAAGAGUGAGUGAUUACACACACAAAACAUGGAUUGAUAUUAAAGCAGAGGCCUAAUGGAAAUGAAUCCUGUGGUGUUGAACUGUGCAUGAAAUGUUUGUCAUCUUCUUGCUGUCUGCUGUUGUGUUGGCACUUUGUCUUACGCCUUUCCUUCUAAGCAAAGAACUACUCCAAACUUCUAUUUCAGAGAUGGAAAUUAAUGAAGACUUCAUGGCAUUUCAAUACACACUCGUUUUACAGCACUUCAGUCUCACAGUAUGUCAUUUUUGUAAACCAAAAACAGAAUUUAUGGGAUAGCUCACCGACAAUGGAAAUUCUGUAAUUUACUCACCCUCAAGCUGCUCCAGACCUGUACAAAUUUCUUUAUUUGGUUGAACACAAAAGAUCAUAGUUUGAAGCAUAUGAGUAACCAAACAGUUAAACGGCGAACUGUCAUUGGGGACCAUAAACCGUUGAAAAUACCUUCUUUUGUUUUUAGCAAAAGAAAGAACUUCUUGGAACAGAUUUGGAACAAGAUUUGGAACAACUUAAGUGUGAGUAAAUGAUAAUAUAAUGCUUUUAAAUUGACCUGUGGAGAAGCCUUUUAUUUUUAGGCCAGAAAGGCAACUGUAAAACUGAGGAAAUGUUGAAGGAUGCACAGGACAUGAAGCAGGAUGUACCACUGCUUUAAGAACAUAGCCCCAUUUUUUGUAUUUUUAUUUAUUGGUUGAUUUAUUGAUUGUUGGUAUGUUUUAUGUUGUCCAAGUGCAACAAUCAAUUCACUCAAAAAGUAAAAAUGUCACCUUUU